UUCAUCACGUAGAGCUGUCAGUGAUAUGCUCAUUGCUGUUUUGUGGUCAGAAUGGGAGGAACAGAUUUAAAAACGAAACAUUAUUCCGUACAUCCAUCCGUAGAGUUAGAAUAGCGGUGUUUUCAGUCAGCUGAAUUUUUCGGUUGGUAAGCGUUCAGCGAUGUCGAUUGUUCUGCUGGCGCCCUGAACACGUUUCCAUGGAACUUAUGAGAACCACUGAUCUUGUACCUGACCUGUGCACCCGGUCAGUCACUUAUAAAAGACGCUGCGAAACAUACGAAAAUGCUUCCAUCGAUAACAAAUGGACAAUUCAGAAUUGGUUCAAGUCCCAUUCACGGUUUAAAUGGUGUUCAUGGAAUUAGAAUUUUAAACAACUCAAAGGCAAAGGACGAAGAAAGAAACUGUCCGAGUUUACCGCUCAUUUCCGAGGGUUCCUUUACCUCGCUCGUCAGCAGGAGAUCGGGGAAAACUUCUCCAAAUGGUAAAGGAUCAGAAAAAGGCAAUGACCAGGGACUCAGUUCUAAUGGAGGAAUUGAAAGUGGAUCGAGUGAGUUGAAAAUGAAACAGUUACAGCUUGAUUGUGAAUUUAAAAAUGCUGAACGUGGUGGGUUCCCUCAAGGGCUUAAACCUCGCCUUGCUACCUCAAGUCGAGUCUCACACCUACCAACAAUGGGAUUUCACAUGACGAGCACCUCUGAAAGAUUCAUACAUCAUCAAUCAGUGGGUCAACCUGUGGAAAAUUUACAUAACAGGAGACAACUGACAACAGAUGACAACACCAACAAGAAAGGCUAUCCAAUGGCACCUGGUGGAUCAACUGUUAUUGGCACUAGGUAUAGGAUGCCAUCAGUAGGAAAUGCUGUUUCUCCAACUAAAGAUGUAUCUGUGGCCUUAUCAUCAAAUCUGUCUGAACUUGCAUCCCCCCGUAAAAUACACAAAAGAGGUGUUAGUAAACCUAAAGAAUUAGAAAUACACUCACGAUCAUGCUCUUGUCGACGUCACACACAAGAGAGAGAUCAAAAGGCGACCCUUAAAUCAAGAUCUUUAGAUAGUUUGAGAAAAGAGCGAUUGAACAAAGUUGAAAGAAAGGAAGGUCUUAACAAUAAAAAAACAGUAAAACCAACUGACAGGCCUCCUCCAAAGAAGCAGCAAAUGCCCAAUGUAUUAGAUGUUCCACAGUCAAGGAGAAAGAGUAAAAGGGCAAAUGUACUUGCAUCAGACAGCUUCUUUAAUCUCCCUGACUACCAAAAACGAGUUAAGAAGUCUACAUCCAAACUGACUGGUCAGACAAACCUUAAAUCCCUAAUGAAAGUGAAGGAAGUCAACAGGACAGAACCAGUACCCAGAAUUGACAUUGCAACCGAAGAACACUUAGAGGAGUUGAUGAUUUAUGUCGAAAAUUUUGAUGAAGACCAUGGUAAUAAAAAGGAAAAAGAAGAUGUUGUUGAGCAGAUGGAUUUAGAAUAUUCAAAAGACGAGAGGGAGCUCAAAGAACAGUCCAGUAGAUUAGACGUCACAUCUGCGGCCUCCUUAACUGUGUGUGAGCCACAACGAUCAGUCACACCCAGGCUUUUAAAGGUUUCGUCAGAUCAACAAAAGGAUCUUUCCACCUUAUCUGCAAUUUUCAAAAAGUUGGACACUGAUUGUGAUGGACACUUAUCUUUUGCUGAACUGAAGAAAAGCCUUCCACCGCAUGUAACAAGAAAACAAGUUAGCUACCUGAAAAAGAUUUACGACAUAGCUUGUGAGAGUACUUACUUUGGUUUGGAGGAGUUCACAGCCACUCAUCAGAUGUGCGAUCUUUUAGCCAAAUCAAGUUCUGCUGUCUCAAAUGCACUCAACAGCCUGGAUUAUUCCUCAGUGGACUUCUGGCUUAGCACUUUCAUGGAAUCUUUCUGCAAAGUUGACCAAAAACAGAGUGGAACCAUAGAUAUGCAGUCCUUUGAGGUAAAGUAUCUUGUGACCUACAAAAAACCGAGACUAAAUUUGCGAAAGUUGUUCUUGUUCAUCUUACGCCACGUAAUAUUUUUUUAUAGAACAUGCUGGCCUCUCUUAUCAACGUUCAUCCGGACUCCUUUAUUCUGCAGAAGAUUCUUAGUACCAUAA